GGAUUUAGUUAAACUACUGGCAGGGCGGACUUGUUGACAGAUCUCAUAUUCGGGUCAUCUUGCUGACUGCUUUGAGGGGUGAUGGGAACUAUGUGAGGGGAUUGCGCAGAGCAGUGUGGGAUGUUGCAGGGAGCUGUAAACCUCUGUUUUUGCAACUGCAGCAUCUGCCUGUCCAAAGAGGCAACAGCGAAUGUUUGACCCACUCCAUGUGUACGGAACGCAUUGUAGGACAUCAUAAUGAGAAAACACGCUACUGCGUGCGCCUUCCUAACGAAGAAGUAUGAAGACUCGUCUCUUACUCUACUUACUUAUCUGAAGAGGCUGCAGUCACACCUCAUUGCUAGCCGCAAUUGUUGUUGCAACCACCCCCUCGUGGCUCAUUCCUCAGCCCUCCCUCCUCAAACCUCAGCUCGUAAGCCAGGCUGAUGGCUGAGGAGGGAGGGCUGAGGAUGGAGAGUGUUUGUACUGAGGACCGAGGAUGGAGAGCGUUUGUAGUGAUGGCUGAGGACGUAGAGUGUUUGUACUGAGGAAUGAGAGUGUAAGGACCGUGGGGGUAUGAUGCCUGAGGAGGGAGGGCUGAGGAUGGAGAGCAUUUGUAGUUAGGGUUGCCACCUGCCCGGUAUUUUACCGGCCUGGCCUGUAAAAAUUAAGCUUGAUCCCAAUGUUAUUAGUAGGGGAAAUGCAUAAAAAUAUAGGAAGGCUGGUAUGUUUUUCCAGAAAAGAUGGCAACCCUAUUUGUAGUGAGGGAGAUGGAGAGUGUUUGUACUGAGGGCUGAGAAAGGAUGAGAGUGUUUGUACUAAGGACCGAGAAGGGGGGAUGAUGGCUGAGGAGGGAGGGCUGAGGACGGAGAGUGUUUGUACUGAGGACCGAGAGUGGAGGGCUGAGGAUGAAAAGCGUUUGUAGUGAGGGCUGAGGAUGGAGAGUGUUUGUACUGAGGGCUGAGGAAUGAGAUUGUUUGUACUGAGGACUGAGAAUGGAGGGCUGAAGAUGAAAAGUGUUUGUAGUGAGAGCUGAGGAGGGAGGGAAGAGGAGGGAGAGUGUUUGUACUGAGGGCUGAGGAAUGAGAGUGUUUGUACUGAGGACCGAGGAGGGGACUGAGGAUGAAAAGCGUUUGUAGUGAGGGCUGAGGAGGGAGGGAAGAGGAGCGUGAGUGUUUCUACUGAUGGUUGAGGAAUGAGAGUGUUUGUACUGAGGACCGAGGAGGGGGGAUGAUGCCUGAGGAGGGAGGGCUGAGGACCGAGAGUGUUUGUACUGAGGACCGAGGAGGGAGGGCUGAGGAUGAAGAACUGAAGGCCGAGUAGGGCGGACCGAGGACCCAGGAUGGAGGUGCGACUGCAGCCUUUCAGGAUGGGUGAGAGAAAAAGCAGACAAUGCUGCAUUCCUCUACCUUAGGAGAUCGCAUGCAGGAGAGCAAUUUGAGGAUGUCCUAAAAUGCUUUCAGUACGUGUGCCCCUGAUCUUAGACUUGCUAUCGGUAACUGGAUUAAAUCAAACUCUGUGUGUAAUGAGAAUAGGACCAUUAGUUAUGUUGCUGUUAAUACUGGAUAGAUCUAAGAAGUAAUUUAAGAGUUUAGGAACAAUCACCAUCCAACGUAAAUUUGCAGUGGGAGUAGCUUGCUGUAUGUAUUACAUGCAUUUGUCAGCCUUGAAGCCCCUGCUGAAGGUAUGACAACAUCAGGUGACAUCACAUGAAGGAGGAAUGGAGGAAUGUGGCACUUCAGGUCUAUCUGUUCACUCUUCUCUUGGUCACUGUGGAUUCCAUUUCCCAGUAAGAAAUUUUCCAGUACUUUGCUGCGAGGACUGUGUGAUGCCCCAAACAGCUGGUGUAGGUUGACAUGUGCCUACCUCCUUUGUAUACUACCCCAUCCUUUUUCCUGGUCUUCUACACCCUGCUGCUUCUUGGUGCAUCCUCUUCAAGAGCUGAAGUUCUCCCAAAACGCUUUGCUCGAAGUUAUAUUCAUCUGGAGGGGGAUGUUAGAUGGAGACGUCUGUACUCUGCAAUGCACUAUUUCCUGACCAUUGAUCCAUCUGGCAAAGUAAGGGGGACACGAAGUUACUGUACUAACAGCAUAUUCCAAGUUUACUCCAUAAAUGUGGGAGUAGUGGCAAUACACUCAGCUGGCAGUGGUCUGUAUUUAGCCAUGGACAGAAGAGGAAAUGUAUACGGGGAGGAAGAUUAUGGCCCAAACUGCAGGUUUAGAGAGCGGAUUGAGGAAAAUGGUUACAACUCAUACUCUUCUGAGAGAUGGAGUCACCAGAGGCACCCUAUGUAUGUGGCAAUGAGAAGAAAUGGGUGGGUAAAAAUGGGAAGGAGGACUCGACACACCCACCGCUCUGCACACUUUUUACCUUUUCCCAUUUGAUUCCACAGAAAGCUGGUGUGAAGGGUAUCUAUUGGACGAUAAGCAAAUCAAGUUGCCCAAACACACUUGUCUAAUCCUCAGAAAACACAGAAUACCCACAUAAAUCAUGUUUAUGUGACAAGGCUGCUGACCAUGCUGAAAGUACAA